CACACACACACUCACACACACUCCUCCCCCCUGCUGUGUGAUGUAAGUAUAUUAAAGCCCCUGUGUGUUCCUCAGCUGUCCCGUGGAAGAUCAGCUCUCUCUCUCACACACACACACACACACACACACACUCUGCAGCAGCACUAUGAGUGAUCUCUACACAGUGGAGUUAACCGGUCCUGGACCUUGGGGUUUCAGACUACAGGGCGGAAAAGACUUCAGCAUGCCGCUCACCAUCUCACGACUGACAGACAAUGGUAAGGCGGCUAAAGCAGGUCUUACUGUUGGUGACGCUGUCAUCUCCAUAGCGGACCUCAAAACAGAGGAACUGAAUCAUCUGGAGGCUCAGAACAAGAUUAAGGAGUGUAAAGGCAACCUGAAACUCACACUGCAGAGAGCAGCCAGUGUUCCCAAACCUGCUGCAGCACCCAAGACAACUACAGUAAUAACAAACGUUAGUGCUACAGUCCCUAAGCCUCCUGUGAGCAGAGUGAUCCGAAAGCCCAUCAUACAGACAGAUAUCGGGUUCUACCAUGAGGCAUCUCACGCUGAUGCGAGCAGGAAACGCAUCAUGGAGGACACGGAGGACUGGAGACCCAGAACAGGGACGUCCCAGUCACGCUCAUUCCACAUCCUAGCCCAGAUCACUGGCACUGAGGCCCUGCCAGAGAACGUGGUCUCCAACAAGAAUGCAGUGAAAGAGAUGAAGAAGAUUAAAGUCGGGCCGCAGUAUCAUAAACUGAGAGACUGGCACCAUGGAGUUUCUGCUCGAACCCUCAACGUACUCAGUCUCGUCUAACGUGUGUGUGUGUGUGUGUUACUGUCUGUAACUCUGUGUGUGUGUGACUGUGUGUGUAAAUGUGAAAUUGCGUGUAAUUGUGUGUAACUGUGUGUGUGUGUAAUUGUGUGUGUAACUGUGUGUGUGUAAUUGUGUGUGUGUAAGUGUAUGUGUGUAAUUGUGUGUAACUGUGUGUGUGUAAUUGUGUGUGUAACUGUGUGUGUGUAAUUGUGUGUGUAACUGUGUGUGUGUAAUUGUGUGUGUGUAAGUGUAUGUGUGUAAUUGUGUGUAACUGUGUGUGUGUAAUUGUGUGUGUAACUGUGUGUGUGUAAUUGUGUGUGUGUAAGUGUAUGUGUGUAAUUGUGUGUAACUGUGUGUGUGUAAUUGUGUGUGUAACUGUGUGUGUGUAACUCUUGCUGCAUUUCACUUAAACUCAGAAGUCUGAACUAAAUUAGGAAUUUUGUAAUUUUCGAGCUCGGCACGUUUAAGUUAUAAAGUGAGCGGAAAUCAUGGACGCCUCCAUGAAAGUGUGUGUUUCCAUAGCGACAAUCUAGCCAGCGUUAGCGAUCAUGAGUCUGUGCUGCAUUUGCUUUCACAGUGAUCUGUACGCUCGGUGUUACAGAUUUAAGCUUCUAACUGCCUCUAUGAUCUAAAGCAUAAACUCAUUAGCGUAGUGAAGUGAUGUUUUGUUUUCUGCUGACGUGGGAGCAGUCGAUGGGCUUUUCUUUGCUUUUCCGAGUCAGAGAUUGGAAAUCUGAGUUACGAGCUUUAGUCAAAUGCAGCGUCACUCACAUGAGGAAUGACUAACAGAAAAAUAGCUAAAUAGCUAGCUAGCAUGGUGGUUAGCUGCUAUCACUCCACACAAUAAAACAAUGUGUUAAAUAAUUGGCAUUGCUGUAGGAAUAAACCGGUUACAUACGGAGUGCAAUUAGCAUGUUAGCAGAAGGUCCUCAUCAUGCUAGCAUGACUAGCUGCACUACCUGCCCGAAAGUUAGCAUUUAGCCUGAUCUUCGUGUGUGUGUGUGUGUGUGUGAAUAAUGUGAUAUAUAAAUAUACAGUAUAUAAAAAUAUUUCUGGCUGAUAUUCAUGAACACUAUGUGUUAGCUGUAACUAAUGUGUUUUGAAUUAGCUUUGUGUUAGCUUAGCUUUUUCUGCUGAUAAACCACAUAUUUAAAAAUGUUUUGAUGUUUGCUGAUUUCUUUCCUUUAAUCUUUUUCUGUUAUGAUACAAUAAAUUCGUGUUCGCUUCUUCUC